UGAGCAAACUGAGUGAAGGCCAUGGCUUUACACAAAUACUACUGAGGCCCUAAUUGGAAAAACAGUGGAGCCUUUUGCAGAAGUAGCUGAGAGCAAUUUGACCUGCAGAAUGAUGAUGUUUGAGCAAGCAAGGACUCACCGCAGCUUUAAGAGCAACGUGGAAAAGCAACUGCUUGAAGCUGGAUUGCUCUGGCACGGUGAAGAAGCACGCAGGUACUGAUUCUCCCAGCUCACCAGGGCUGGCUGACGCUUGUCUGACCUGAAUGAAUGAUGAAGGGACUGAAACCAGGAAAAAACUGUUGACUCCUGUGAGUUUGCCGCUGGGUUAGGUGGCUGAGCUGGCUCACUGAGGGCCAAACCAGCUGGUGGGGACUGUAUAGCCAGGAAUAGGGUGGGGGAAGAGGGCUGCCAUCUUUCCUAGCAGCAAAUUGAUUGAGAUCAGAUAAUACAUAAUGUGAAACUGCACUUUUAACACUUUCCAAGGCGAUGCUGCCCUUUACAGCUGUGAGGCUAUGUAGGUGGUCCAUUCAUGCUCACAUCAGUCUGAGUAAUGUCUGAACAGAGAAGCAACUGUCAGCAUGAAACUGCACGGCAGGAGAAGAAGUUCUUGUUCCUCAGUAGGGAAUAACCAACCUCAUUUUCAGCUCUCGCAUAGGUUUGAGGCGCUAAUUAGACUCAUGCUCUUUGCUGCUCAGCAGUACAGCUCUCCAGCGAAGCUCCAUGUGAACCACUCCAGGUUGGUACUGCGCCAUGGCCGCUGUGAGACUGGCAGGCUCCAGAGAUGCAGGUGCCGUCAUGCACGUAAACACACAGCCCGUGCCCUGAAGCUGCCGUAAUCUGAGCUCUGCACGUGUGGGGCCAGGCAGGGAGGGAAGGUGACGCUGCCAUGGGCAGACACGUUAUCUGAGGGAGCAGGAGCCCACGGCGGCCUCCCUCCUUCAGGGGAGCCAUGCCAGUGCCUUGGCCUGAGCAGCAGCCGCCAGCUCCGGCGUGAGCUCAGCAGGACUUUGUGUAGAGAACAAAAGGGGCUGUUGGAAAUUAAGGGUGGGGGAAACACAUUCUGCUUCGAGAAGGACAGGUCAACGAAGGCGCAGGGCUACGGUGAGAGGCGCUGGCACCGCUCCCGCCGGGCGCCAUUUCCCCGCCCAGGUGCUCCUUCUCGCCCCCCUCCCCGUUCCCCUCAGCAUCUGGCCUCCUUCAGGUCCUGGCCAAUGGCAGCUCACAGUGCACGUGAACAACUCCCCUCCAGCCAAUGAGCGCCCCCCUUCCCACGUGGCGAUCUGCGUGAUGCCUCCUAUGCGAGCGCCUCGUCUUUGUUGGCGGUUAAGCCCCCCGCCCCCCCCUCCCCGUCCUCCGCCAACGCUCCCGGAGGGGGGGGGGGAGCGUCCUCAGCUGCUCCGAUCACGUGACGCGGCCUCGCCUGCCGGGGAGGCGCGGCGGUCGCGGAUGUAGACGAUAUAGUCCUACCACUGCUGCUCUGUCGUGGAGUGGUAGCUUUUGACGGUGUCUCCUGCGAUUAACCUGUAGCAGCAUGGCAGGAGAGAAGUCCAGAAAGAUAAGCUACGGGCUGACGGGCGCUGGCGAGCGGCAGGUGACGCUUGGCGGAAGGACAUCGCAGCCGGAUCUUGUUUUGCUGACGACGACUCCUGUAUAAAUACAGCGCGCGGGCACUGCCACCUCAUUGUGUGACUGUUACUGGGAGCAGAGGUAUUGUGAGUGUCUGUGCGCGCAUCGCCUUCCCGCGCCGCGCGGACCGGAGCAGCCUCCCCUCCCCUGGCCGCCAUGGCUCUUUAAGGGCGGCAGGGCCAGCGGCGGCAUCGGCCAGUGCAGCAGGCGCAGCAGCAGCGGCGGCGGCCUCAGCACACCCCCGGCAUCUGCAACCAUGGCGUUUUUCAAGGCACCGCACAGCAGCAUUGCUGUAGUCGACAAAAAGACCUUCUACUUGUCUACAUCCUUUGACAUCAAAGCAUUAAAAACUGACGAAGAUGAGCCUCUUGAACAGCGAGAUGCUGUUGGGGGAUUCCUUAUCCCCCUUCAGCCAGCCGUGUUCGGUGGCUGAGGAGAGUCUGGGACUCCUAGAUGACUACCUGGAGGUGGCCGAGCCCCUCGGUUCGCAUGGGUUCUCCAGCGACAAGGCUAAGGCAGUCUCCUCCAAUUGGCUUGCUGUGGACAGUUUAGGCAACACCAUAGAUAGCAGCCAGGAGGAUGCCUUCUCUGGCAUGGAGUGGAUGGUGGAGAAGAUGGAUCUGAAAGAAUUUGAUUUUGAUGCCCUGUUAGGUAUGGAACAUCUGGAAGCCACCGUCUCACCAGACGAGCUGAUGGCCACGUUGGAAGACACGUGUGAUCUCCUAUUUAACCCUACCAUCCAGGAAUUUCACCACAAAGAACCUCCACUGAUAACUGACUUAAUCACCCAUCUCCCCGAAUCUCCAAUUGGAGCAGAUCCAAUGGCCCCAUUGGCUUCCCUUUGGUCUUUUCCCCUCUCCCCAGGGUCUCUGACUUCCACUCCAGACCAUUCAUUCAGUUUAGAACUAGGCAGUGAAGUGGAUGUUCUGGAAGGAGAAAGAAAACAGGAGGGCCCCACCUUUGUAGUAGUGAUCACCAAGUCUGAGAAAGAGGAGGAGAACCAUUCCGAUGAUAGUGGGAUAUGCAUGAGCCCAGACUCCUACCUGGGAACACCCCAACACAGUCCUACCAAUUCACUUGGAUCCCCUAAUGACAACCCCUUCCCUACAGAUGCCAACUGUGGCUCUGUGCGGCCCAAACCCUAUGAUCAUCCUGCAGAGAAGGUAGUGUCGGCAAAAAUAAAAGGGGAAAAGAAAAUAGAUAAGAAACUGAAAAAGAUGGAGCAGAAUAAGACGGCUGCCACACGUUACCGGCAGAAGAAGAGAGCAGAACAGGAGGCACUGUCCGGCGAGUGCAGGGAGUUGGAGCAGAAGAAUCAGGCCCUGAAGGAGAAAGCAGAUUCCCUUAGUAAGGAAAUUCAGUACUUAAAAGAUCUGAUUGAAGAGGUCCGCAAGGCCAAGGGCAAAAGAGCUAGAGUCCCUGAGUAGGGUAGUCGGCAGUUUUCCUGUGCAUGUAUAUAAGCUUGCUGCUGAAGCUGUGCAUUGUUGUCUAAUAAAUUAUUUUAUAGUAAA